AUGUCCUUCGGAUUCAGCGUGGGCGACUUUGUUGCUGCAGGACAGCUGGCUCAUAGUAUCUGGUCACGCUGCGAGGCUGCCGCUGGCGAUUUCGAGGAACUCGGCGUACUCUGCAACGAGAUCAACAUUGCCGUUGGAACUUGCCAGCCAAAUGAUGCUCGUUCAAUCUUACGCAGUCAACACAAGGAGGCUAUAACUCGUCUUUCUGCAAGUUGCCACACUACGCUGAAACGCCUCGAGAAAAUACUCGAUGAACACCAGGGCAUGAAUGGAAUCCAGGGAAUUGGAAAGAAGUUAGGCUUCAUUGGCUCCAAGACCGAGCGGGAUCAAAUACGAUCUCGUUUACAGCUGCAUCUUACAACAAUCAACACCUUUCUCGCAAAUGUACAAGUCGAAACAUCCGCUUUGACUGUCAGGCUGCUCUUCUCGGUUCUGCAAGAGCAAUUUGGCGACCGUGAUGAGGCUACCAUACGUGGGAUCAUUGACAACCCAGAUGCCCUUCAAGAUCUCUUCAAGGAACUGCGGUCAGAGAACAAAUUGUUGAACGCGGAGUUGGAUAGAGAGAAGGAGAGCAUACAAGUGAAGUUGAAAGCAGCUGUGGAAAACAGAAAGCAAGAUCCUGGCACAAUCGUUGCUUCGGAUGUUUCUGAGGCCCAAGUAGCUAGGCCAAUAUACAACGGCCCCGUCGCACCAAGAUCUGCGCCUUACGAUCCGUGGAGUAUCGAUUGGUUCCGCGAUGGCGGACAUAAAUUUUUGACCCCUAUCACAGCUAUACAACAGCGGCAGAUGAAGCGUCUCACGGGUCCAGUUAUGAGAUACAGCUUAGACGAAGAAUGGCUCAGUCAGCUACCUGAAGGCUGGUCUGGGAUCACUACGACGCAAUGUAGGAAUGGUAAAAAAGAGCUGGCCAUGUAUUACACAUUUAACAACUUCCCUUCCGUAUUCGAGGGUGUGUCGAGGAAGAGUCGGGCGUAUUUUUUCACGCAACCGUUCGACUAUGACGGAAUGAAGACGUUUUAUUCGCUGAGUAGGAAAAUAAUCAUACAGCAAGAGAUAUAUAAAGGGGGUUUAGAAAGCAACCCUACGCGGGGCAUUGGCUUCUACCACAAUGGGUUUCCAUAUGAUUUAGGAGACGCGAUUUCGAGGCUUUUAGCGUCGAAGGAUAUUGGAGCAUUGGGGACUCAUAAACUAUUGUCAGCGGAUGACAUUGACCUCAGCUUGCCCGAUGAUUGGUCCUACUUUUGGCAAAGCGAGGACACAAACGAGAUUGUUUACGUUGAUAAUAACACCAUGACGGAAAGCACUGUUCAUCCUGCUCGCUUUAAUAACACCGAGGACGAGGUUGGAACUCACGUCUUACCACCGGGAUGGCAGAGACGCCUGGACACCUGGGGGAAUAUUUUCUUCGUUGAUCACCAUACUCGUCGUGCCGUGCGAGAAGACCCUCGCUUCAACUUAAAAAUCAACCAGAACACAGGCUUACCUGACGGGUGGUUAGCAAUCGAAGAUCACAAAUUGACACCAUUCUUCUAUCGAAGAUCAGGGCGCAUGGUUUUUGGCACAUACAAUCCAGCUGCCAUGAAAAGCAAAUCACUAAAAGACAAGUGGACUCUUAGUCGUGUUCCAGAGCAAGGGGAAGACCCGGAAUCGCUUGUGGAGAUCAAAACCCCGCUGGCACGCCGGAAUUUCGAGGAUCAAAAGAAGGCUAGAGAUAAAGCCGCAGCGCUCGCUGCAUCGCUGGUCAUACCUCCAAUGACGCCGAAAGAGGAAGCCUAUUAUCACAGCGUGUUCGAAUCCGUCGAAAAGGAGGAUCCGUUCAGAAUUAACUACAAAGAGGCUCUCACGCUGUGCACUACCUUCAGCGUCUCAGUCGACCUUGCUGACAAAGUACUCAAACAGACAGACGGCAAUAGGGACUGGAAAUGGAACGUCGACGAGUACGCGAAAACCCUUCACCGCAUAAAGUUUGAGCUUAAGAAGAAACUGAAAGAUAACCCUGUCAAAGCAAAGACCGCAAAAGAGGAGAAGAAAUACUCGAAAAUGUUCUUCGCUGGCAAAGAUCCCGCUAGUCAGACCAUGACCCUGCUUGAAUUUAAUGCUGUCUGCAAAGGCCUGGGCCCGUCCGUACGCAACCCUGAGGAUAUAUUCCAUGUCACAGAUUCAAAUGCAGACUUGAAGCUGAAUGUCGAUGAGUUCAGCGACGCAAUACAUCUUGUGAUGCAUGACAUGAAAGAGGCCAAAGCACUUUCAAAACUUGAACCACCGGAACCCAGCAGCUUGCCAGACACAAAUGUAACUAAGGACCAGCCCUCGGUACCAGAAGAACACAGAAGCCCGACCGAAGAAGGACAAAAGUCUAAUAAUACAGGUGAGCAACCCGAACGUGAGAUCCUUCAGUCCGUGGAUUCUCCAGCCCUGGCCCGCGAUAAAAGUCUCAAGAGCUCAACAGAGCUAGAUGCUAUUGACCUUCCUUUGACAGACCCUACGCUAUUGAUUCCACCCGAACCGACCUCGCCAACUGAACAAUCACAGCUAUUGGGGCUAGCUUCUGCAUCCACGCCCGUUGUUAUUGCAGAUGUUCAUACUGUUCCAAUAGAUGACGCAGCUCUAGAGCAUGCACAAAGUUCCGUGGACAUUGUCAACUAG